CUCUUCAAAGCUCCACCACCUCCAGCUCACCUUGCAUUCACGAUAGCAGCUCCUCUCUGCCCUCGGUCACUCUUUAGAUGCUGCGUGCUGUGACUACGAGUAUCUCUUGAAGUUUUUUGGCUCAUCAACACAGCAAUUCUAGCAGCAUCCGCCCACCAUGAUUGCGUCGAGAGUACUCGCUACUCCAGCUCGCCAGUGCUUGCGAAAAGCCUACCAACAGCCAGUGUGGGCUGCCGCAUCCUUCCAGGAACAGCCCAGACGUUUCAUAACCACGAAAGAAGAGGAUAAAGUUGCCAAGUUCAAGGGCACGAAAGGAUCAGACGGAAAAUACACGGUCACAUUAAUAGAAGGAGACGGCAUCGGACCCGAAAUCUCGCAAUCGGUCAAGGACAUCUACACAGCUGCAAAAGUCCCGAUCAAGUGGGAGCCCGUGGAUGUUACCCCUCGCUUGGUCGACGGCAGAACGACUAUCCCAGAAGAGUCUAUUAAAUCAGUGCAGAAGAACUAUGUGGCCUUGAAGGGACCUCUGGCGACUCCUGUCGGCAAGGGGCACGUGUCGCUAAACCUCACUCUCCGUCGUACUUUCAACCUUUUUGCCAACGUCCGUCCUUGCCGAAGUAUUCAAGGCUACAAGACAGCCUACGAUAACGUGGACACCGUGUUGAUCCGAGAAAACACUGAGGGAGAAUAUUCUGGUAUCGAGCACGUCGUGGUGGAUGGUGUUGUUCAGUCAAUCAAGCUCAUCACACGUGAAGCUUCAGAAAGAGUCCUGAGAUAUGCAUUCCAAUAUGCCCGCGACGUCAACAAGAAGAAGGUUCGCGUUGUUCACAAAGCUACUAUCAUGAAGAUGUCCGACGGUCUCUUCCUUAGUACGGCAAGAGAUGUCGCAAAGGAUUUCCCUGAUAUUGAAUUCGACGCCGAGCUUCUGGACAACGCCUGCCUCAAAAUCACAACUGAUCCAGGCCCGUACUCAGACAAGGUGCUCGUCAUGCCGAACCUGUACGGUGACAUUCUUUCCGACAUGUGCGCAGGGUUGAUUGGUGGCUUGGGGCUUACUCCCUCCGGCAACAUUGGUGACGAGUGCUCAAUCUUCGAAGCUGUCCAUGGUUCAGCUCCGGAUAUUGCCGGAAAGGGACUGGCCAACCCAACUGCCCUCCUUCUCAGCAGUAUCAUGAUGUUACGGCAUAUGGGUCUCAAUGAACAUGCGGUUCAGAUCGAGAGUGCUAUCUUCGACACGCUCGCUGAGGGCAAAACCUUGACCGGCGAUUUAGGCGGCAAGGCUAAGACGCACGAAUAUGCACAGGCUAUUAUCAGUCAUCUCAAAUAAGUGGCAGGCUGUUCGCAACAUGAAAGCUGAUUCGAAAUUGUUCGUGUGGUUCUGUACUUGCGGCAAAUCAGGGUCGAAGCAUCCAACCCAGUCGGGCCAGUCACUGCUUGUCUGAUGUUGUGAAGCCUGUGGAUCAAGUGCUUAUGGAGGGAUGUAUGUACCAUUUUAUCAUGCUAGAGCGGGUUGCAAAUACAUUGAUUUGAAAACGAUA